AUGUUGUUCGCUCAAUUUGUGCUAACGGCUCUUUUAAGUAUUCGGUGCGCCGCAGCAUUGACCGUCAAGCAGCCGCAUGUGGCAUUUACUUCCUCACGUAGGAACCCUUUGGCGUUGAGUCCGCUCUCUAGCAGCUACGAAAAACCGGCGCAACCAUUAAAAAUCGAUCGUGCCAACGAAACAUUGGAGCUCAGUUUCUCCAUUGAUGCUGAGGAAACUCCAGAGCAGGCAAUCCUGUUGUUGGGAUCUAUCGCCCGAGGUGUAGAAAUAAGCUAUGAGCCAAUAAUAAAAAAGACACAGGGUGCUUCUACUUACAAGUUCCAAAUCCCCGUUGGAAAGCUUCCCGAGCCUCUGUUGUACUUGUCGGUUGUCUCCAAGGAAUUUUUGACGGUCACGCUGGUCUUGGCAGGUGCAAACAGUGACCCCACCGAUAACAUACUUGUGGAGCUCUUUGAUGUGGACCUGAUCUUCGAACUCGAGAAGCAGCCAUCUUGGCCAGCCAGAAUGGGACCCAAGCCACAAAUCACUCACAUUUUCAAGGGCGCUGCCAAAACUGCACCUGCUUGGUUGACUCGUUCCACAAGCGUCGUGGUAGCCGUAUGUUUCGCAGCAGUGAUCGUUGCUUGGCAAGUAUUGGGAAUUUUCUCAGCUGUGCGUUUUCCUCUCACUAGCUCGAGAACUCUCUACGCGCUGGCAUUCAUUGGUAGCGUCAUGGGCAUGGAGUGUGUGUUCGUUCAAUACUACCUUGGCGCAAGCAUUUUCGUCACACUAGAACAUGCAUUCUACGCUUCCGUGGGCAGUCUUCUUGCAGGCGCCAAGCUACUUCAAUCUUAG